UAUAAACAAACACUAGCACAUAUCCAUCCACUUUUUUCUCUUUCUUCUCCGACCUUUCUCCCCUGAUCCUCAACCUCACCGACUUAGAUUAAACCCCGCCGCCCGGAAAAUCUCUCACCGCCGUUAAGCUUCAUAACCAUGGCGGCUCUGAAGGAGCUUCUUCCGCCAGCGAAAUCGACCGCGACUACUUAUUAUGACCACUCGAACGAUCCGUGGUUCAAGCAGCGGUUCAGUGCAGCUGCCGAGGCCGAAAAGGCUGUUGUGGUGAAGGCCAAGCCUGUGCCUCCGUACCAGAAGCGUCAAGGUUUUGUUCCGAGGAAGGUGGAGGACUUUGGAGAUGGAGGGGCGUUUCCAGAGAUUCAUAUUGCGCAGUAUCCGCUUGGGAUGGGGAGGGACAGGUUGGGGAAGCCUGGGAGUAAGGUUCUUCCGGUGACGGUUGAUUCGAGGGGGAAUAUUUCGUAUGAUGCGAUUGUUAAGCAGAAUGAGAAUUCGAGGAAGAUUGUGUAUUCCCAGCAUAAGGAUAUUGUGCCGAAGAUUUUGAAGAAUGAGGAGGAUAUGAUGAGUGAUGAGGAGGACGAGGAGUUGCAGAAGGAGAUUGAAGAGACCACAGCGGAGACGAAAGCUGCGCUUGAGAAGAUUGUGAAUGUGAGAUUGAGUGCUGCGCAGCCGAAGAAUGUGGCCACGCAAUCGUCGGAUUCGAAGUUUAUCAAGUAUAAGCCAUCUCAGAAGUCGUUGGCUUUUAAUUCUGGUGCCAAGGAGAGGAUUAUUAGGAUGGUGGAGAUGCCUGUUGACCCACUUGAGCCUCCUAAGUUCAAGCAUAAGCGUGUUCCAAGGGCAUCCGGGUCCCCACCUGUGCCUGUCCUGCAUUCCCCUCCUCGGCCAGUGUCUGUGAAAGACCAGCAGGAUUGGAAGAUUCCGCCUUGCAUUUCAAACUGGAAGAAUCCAAAAGGGUAUACAAUCCCAUUGGACAAACGUCUGGCUGCUGAUGGGAGAGGCCUCCAAGAUGUUCAGAUUAAUGAUAACUUUGCCAAGCUUUCCGAGUCUUUGUAUGUAGCAGAGCAGAAGGCUAGGGAUGCAGUUGAAUUAAGAUCUAAAGUUCAGAGGGAGAUGAUGCAGAAGGAGAAGGAUAGGAAAGAGCAGGAGCUGCGGGCCUUAGCUCAGAAAGCUCGUUCUGAGAGAACAGGAGCAGCACCCCCACCUUCCUUUCCAAUGCCUUCUGAGAGAGCGGGCAUGGAUACUGAUAGAAGAGGGGAUUAUGACCGUUCGAGGGAAAAGGAGAUGGAUUACCCAAAGGAGACAAGGGAGGAGAAAGAGCAGAGGUUGCAGCGGGAGAAGAUCCGUGAGGAGCGACGCCGAGAGAGGGAAAGGGAGAGAAGGUUGGAAGCCAAAGAUGCUGCAAUGGGAAAGAAGAGUAAAAUUACAAGAGAUAGGGACCGUGAUGUUAGUGAGAAAGUUGCCCUUGGCCAGGCUAAUGGUGGAGCAGGAAGAGGGGGAGAGGUUAUGUAUGACCAGAGGCUGUUCAACCAGGAGAAGGGAAUGGACUCUGGGUUUGCUACUGAUGACCAGUACAAUGUUUAUGACAAGGGCUUGUUCACUGCUCAGCCUACCUUGUCCACUUUAUACAGGCCAAAGAAGGAUACCGAUGCUGAGAUGUAUGGAGGGGCUGAUGAGCAAUUGGAUAAGAUUAUGAAGACUGAUCGCUUUAAACCGGACAAAGGAUUCUCAGGAGCUUCUGAGAAGGCUGGUGGUCGGAGAGAGGGACCAGUUGAAUUUGAGAAGGAUGCUGAAGAAGCUGAUCCAUUUGGUCUCGACCGGUUUAUGGUAAAUGUAAAGACAGGCCAGAAGGCCAUGGCAAAAAUUGGCAAAGGAGGGACAAUGAAUGCAACUGCUGGGUCUUCAAUGCGAGAUAGCUCUGAUACGGGUUCCGGGAGAAGCCGUAUUGGGUUCGAAAGGGGGAGUCGCUAAGCAGGUGCCAAUAGGCUUGUUCGAACAUCCAUCAGUAUUAGCCCUUGGUGUUUCUUUUUUUGCUUAGACAUUCAAAUCAUGUUUUUACCGUACUGCCUUGUUUUCUCUGGUUGUAUAAUGACGGAGUGAUUCCUUUUAUCCUGUAUGUUAUAUGUUCACACUUUAAGUUGUGAAACUGUUAUAACAAUAGAUUUGAUCAACCACUUGAUUCUCUACCUGGUAAAGAAAAGGGCAUCUAUUGGUUUGAG